AUGCAGAGGAAGCAGGGGCAUGUCCAAUGCUGGCUCAUGUCUGUUUAUUUGAAGCCAUAUUCUGAGCGAGUGCAGUUCCCAAUUCCAUCAUUCCCAGUCGUUUUCACAAAUUAUCCAGAUACACUUGCCGGACCAUUCGAGGAUAUCCCCAUCCACCCGGAGGCCCAUGAAUUAGACUACGAAGGCGAAUUAUCCGUGGUCGUCGGCAAGGACGCCAAAAACCUCACGGAAAAGGACGAGCCUCUCGACUACGUGCUCGGUUUCACGGUGGGCAACGACGUUUCCUCCCGAUACUGGCAGAACCCUCAGAGAUCGGGGGCUCAGCACGGUCCAGCGAAGUCCUUUGAUAAAUUCGGCCCCAUUGGGCCGGUCAUUGCGUCGCUAAAGGCUGUGAAUAAUCCCGAGCGAUUGAAGCUCCGGACUUGGGUCAAUAGCGACCUGAGACAGGAUGGCGCUACGGACGACUUGAUUUUCAGCAUCAAAGAAAUCAUCAGACAUCUUAGUCGUGGGACGACUUUGAGAAAAGGAACGGUUAUCAUGACGGGAACCCCGAGUGGUGUUGCCGCAUUCAUGAAACCGGCACAAUGGCUGAAAGAUGGAGAUGUCGUGGAUAUUGAGAUCGAAAAGAUCGGGAGAAUCUCGAAUACAAUGUCUUUCGAGGUCAGGAAGUAA